AUGGUUGGAUGUUGUCCAAACCCCGAAGUCAUCUCUGAGAAAGAGGAAGCAGGUCCAAGAAGUGGACUUGUACCCGGAAGUCAGCGAAAAUGUCGAGAUGGAUUUUGCUGCCUCUGGUUUAUAGUAUACUGGAUUGGCAUGAUCGUCGUAGCCAUCAUCGCUUUACAGACAGGAGAACCUUUGAGCCUCAUCUACGGAAAAGACUACAAUGGAAAUGUGUGUGGAAAAGGUGACUUCGCCAACGCGCGGUUCACGACAUACCCUCGACUCAACGAAGACCUUCUAAUUGCUGCAGCAAAUGGGGUAUCUCCUAGUAAUGCCAAAUUCUUCGGCGUUUGUGUGGAAAGCUGCCCUACUGCUGGCUCUAAAACCUGUACGUACGGUAACGAGACGUGUUGGGUUGUCGCUCAGGACACCGAGUCUGCCUUCUUCCGGUGUUUACCAGUAGUAUCCACCAAUGAAACAGUACUGGAUGAAGUUUGUAUCGACCCUAAAGGCGCUGACCCAAACUGUACUGUGGAUCUGUACGAAGCUGGCGAAUGCGACACAAUUUGCAACACAAAGCGUUCUCACAAGGAAGUAUGGGAAGUGGAAGCUACUGGUGGCACCAGCCCAUUGUUGAGCCAGUUGCAGGGAAAUUUACAAGUUCUUGGGCGUUUCUUGAACGACAUGUAUGCUGCUCGUUCGGUGGUUUUACUGGUCGGAGGUCUGGGGGCUUUAAUUCUUGGAAUGCUCUGGUUAAUCGUGCUGCAAUUCUUCGCUGGCUGCGUGGUGUGGCUUACGUGCUCGCUUGUACUCAUCGGGCUAAUUCUAUUGAGUUUAUUUUGCUCUGUACGCUCGGAGUUGAUCUCGGCAGAAGACAUAGGAGCUCUAUCAUUCUUGAAUGCCACCACCAUCGACACAACUGCGUUGGCUGUGACGAGCGACGAGAACACGAAGCUGCAAUUCAAGGCUGCUGCAUAUGUAUCGUGGGUGGUCACAGCAGUUGUCUUCUUGCUCAUCAUUGCAAUGCGCAAACGCUUGAAAAUCGCCAUUGCUAUUAUCCGCGAGAGCUCCAAGGCAAUCCAACAACUCCCAAUGCUUUUGCUUUGGCCAGUCAUUCCGACUGCAUUCUUCGUAGGGCUCGUUGUCUACAGCGUGGCAAUAGCAGCCUAUCUUUUGAGUUCGGACGAUUUGACGGCAGCCGUGAAGGAAUCAGCUACAACGUUCAAUGUCAUGAGCGAGUUAAGUGCCGCGGAAGAGCUACCGGCCAAAAGUUUGCAACAAGUGCUGCUUGCCUUCCACGUUUUUGGAUUUCUGUGGACAAACCAACUGUUACAAGCUAUCUCGAUUUGCGUUAUUGCUGGGACUGUCGCUCAAUUCUACUGGACACCACCUUCAGAUAAUGGAAAACGAACGCUGGAAUCAAAUUUUCCAAUAUCCCGAGCACUCGGGUAUACACUACGCUUCAGUAUCGGAUCUCUUUGCUUUGGAUCUUUCAUUAUCGCCUUCGUCCAGUUCCUUCGAAUCAUGCUCGAGUAUCUCGAUCGCAAUACGAAGCAGAUUCAGCAGACGAAUCGCGUUGUUCGUGUGGCACUUCUCGCAGUCAAAUGCUGUCUUUGGUGCUUCGAGAAGUGCAUCAAGUUCCUGUCCAAGAACGCCUACAUCCUAAUCGCGAUGAAAGGUAAUUCGUUCUGUGCGGCAUCGGCGCGCUCGUUCAAGUUGAUCUUCAAGAACAUGGCACGCGUAGCAGUGGUGAACUCCAUCAGCUUCUUCCUGUUGUUCCUCAUUAAGAUGACUGUCACUCUUGCUGUCGGUCUUGUGGUUUUCGCGUUGCUUUCCAAAUCGUCGUCACUUUCCUUAUCAGCAGACCAACUUUCACUCUUGGGAGGUGCGACUGUGAUGUCGCCUUUAGCGCCAGUCGUUGUGGCCUGCGUGCUCGCUUGGCUGGUGGCUUCUGCCUUUGUAAACGUCUACGAUAUCGCUAUCGACACCAUCUUGCUAUGUUUCUGCGAAGACGUGGAACUUCAUGGCCCCACUGCGAGUGAAUUCAUGAGUAAAGAACUACAGCGUAUUAUGGGUGGAAGUAUCCCACACCACGCUACAGAGGACAAGCAUCAGUUGAUUCACGUAUCACCUAAAGGCGAGGGGAAGAAUGCUAGCCCAACGGGACGGCAAAACCCUCCCGAUGAAGAGACUGUCGUCGAGAGAAUGGAGGAGACAGAUAUUUAG